AUGCAUCAAUCGUACCACGACAGCCUUUGGAUGAAUUGCUCAAGCAUUGGCGACUACCUAGAUGUUGCAUCAGCUCAUGACUGGUGGAGGGAUGGCAAGACUUUGACGAUGCUAGAGUGGAGGAUAGCAAACAGCCAGUCAUUAGACAUGGGUUUCGACCGGUUCACAAGUGAACCGGUGGCAGACACAUUGGAUAUGGGGUUCCAUCCUUUGUCCGGCCUUUGGACAUGGGUUUUGAUUCACCUCUGGUUCAACAUCACCAUCCAGAACAAAGACCUUUGGACACCGGCUUCAAUUCACCUCCAGUUCAACAUCACCAUCCGGACCAAAGACCUUUGGACACCAGCUUCAAUUCACCUCCGGUUCAACAUCACCAUCCAGACCAAAGACCUUUGGACAUGGGUUUUAAUCCAUCUCCGGUUCAACAUCACCAUCCAGAACAAAGAUCUUUGGACAUGGGCUUUAAUUCACAUCUGGUUCAAUAUCACCAUCCAGACCAGAGGCCUUUGGACAUGGGCUUCAAUUCACCUCCAGUUCAAUAUGAUCAUCCGGACCAGAGGCCUUCCGGCAUUGAUCCAGUUGAUAUUCCAGAUCAGUCAUAAGAGACACCUUUGGACAUGGGCUUUGGGACACAUCCGGCACAUGAUCUUGCCCAUCAUUCAUUGCAUAUUCAACCAGAAGAGACAUCUUUGGACAUGGGAUUUGAGACACCAGAUCCAGUACAUGGUUUUCCGUACCAGUUGUCCAUGGUUAGUGAACCGGAACCUAUGGGAUUUGUCAUUCAGCGUGCUGUAG